AUGCCGGAAAAGACGCUCGAUAAUGAAACUAGGACUCGUCCUACUGUUGUGCCCGAAAAUCCUGAUUUUAGUAGUCUGCCUCCCGUCUAUGUGCUUCCUACCCAUUUGGCCGUGGAAGAUCUACAUAAGUUUGAAGACGUCCUGACUAAUGGAGGAGCACCCUUGACCUAUGAUGCGAGGGAGGCUCAUUUGAUCCUUGGGAACAUUUCUACACCUAAGCGUGCUCGAUUGGAGCUCAAGUGGAAAGGUAUCCAGCUCGCCGAAGACAGUCUAAGCAAAGAUGAUUCGCAAAGACCUAAUGUACCUGCAAGGAAGAAAAUCAAGUCCAACGACGGCAGAGACUCUACACUCGUCCGUCAACGUCCGGCAGCAUUCACCAAGUCAUCUGGUUCAGAUAGUGAUAGUGGGUUAGAAGAAUCACAAACGAUGUCGCACCUCUCGAUCUCUCAGACAUCAAAUGAUGCCUCGAGUACCAGGUCUCCCGAUGUUUAUGAUCUCCAUUCCUCGUUCCACUGUGGCCGCGUAGAUGUUGCAAUGCUGGAGUGGUUGCAGCGAUGUAUAUUGGCCAGCGCUAUUUUGCCCUUGAAUUCAUUUAUUCUAUUGCAGGGUCAGUCCACGCCACGGGAGGCUUCUGCUUGCAAGGCUGCGCCUGCAACGCCUACCGUCUGGCGACCUCAAGCUGACGCAAAUCCCAAUCUGCACGCAGAAAGGCAAAGGCCUCGGCUCAAAAGGCAAGGCAUCAUUGACCGUGCGCAGACUGACAAAAGACCCCAGGAGAAGGCUUACCGUAAGAAGGACCGUCCUGGCUGGGUGUUGCAAAGCAAAUUAUACGCCUGCGAGCGAGCAACUCCUGCAAAUCAGCCAAAUGCAGAAUUCAUCUCUCAGCUCAAGAAGAUCAAAUUCGCGCGUGUGCUUACCUUAGAUGAAGUUGGCGUUCGCGCUUACAGUACAAGUAUUGCGGCUAUAGCAGCCUAUCCAUAUAAGAUCGAAAGCUCGCGAGAGGUUUUUAGUCUCCCUGGAUGCGACCAGAAGAUAGCCAAUCUCUUCCAUGAAUUCCAGUCCAAAGAUGGUCACAUCCAAGCUGCAGAUGACGUUGAAAACGAUUCAGUUUUGAAAGUCCUUCGUGAGUUUUUCGAGAUCUGGGGCGUCGGAGCCCAUACAGCACGGGAAUUUUAUUAUGACAAAGGCUGGCGAGAUCUUGACGACAUCAUCGAACUUGGUUGGAAGUCUCUUAACCGCGUCCAACAGAUAGGUCUGAAAUUUUAUGAUGAAUUUCAACUUAAAAUACCUCGUGACGAGGUUGAAUCAAUAGCAGCCAUAAUUUCAGAACACUCAAAACGCAUCACUAGCACUGGCCUCGAGACAAUCAUCGUUGGCGGUUACCGCCGUGGCAAAGCCGAAAGCGGGGACGUAGAUGUCAUUCUCUCUCACCCUGAUCACAAUAUGACCCUUGACCUUGUCUCCCAGGUUGUCAGAUCAUUAGAAAAGGAAGGCUGGAUAACCCACACACUAACUCUCAACCUGACCAAUUCGAAGCGAAAUCAGGCGACAUUGCCUGUCAGUACAGCCACACUCGGUGGUCAUGGCUUUGACACACUGGACAAAGCCCUUGUGGUCUGGCAGGAUCCAUGCUGGGCAAAUAAAGAGGUUGAUCUAGCUGCCAAUCCUCACGCAAGAAAUCCGAAUCCGCAUCGGAGAGUCGACAUCAUCAUAUCUCCUUGGCGGACCGUAGGAUGUGCAGUGGCCGGCUGGACCUCAGGAACCACCUUCCAACGAGAUUUGAGGCGUUUUGCGAAAAGAGUCAAAGGCUGGAAGUUUGACAGUAGUGGCGUGAGGGAUAGAGCGACUGGCACUUGGAUAGAUCUCGAAGAAUGGAGAAAUGAGCGGACGCGCUGUAAGGAUUGGAAAGAGGCAGAACGACGAGUUUUCGAGGGCAUGGGCUUGGAAUAUCGAGAACCUUGGGAGCGGUGUACAUGGUAA